UCCCGGCCAAUCUCUCCGCUUGGUCCCAGCUCCGCUUCGUUAUCCCUGGAAAGCCGGUUGGACGCUGCUGCUGCUGCUGCUUUAGCUUCCGAAGUGUGCAAGAAUGUAAAAACAUUGCAUCUUCAGAUAGUUUAGGGAAGGUCCAAGAAGUAGCAAACUGGCUUUUGGAAAUGAAUCAGGAACUGAUAUCUGUUGGCAGCAAGAGACGACGAACUGGUGGGUCUAUUCGAGGUAAUACUUCAUCAAGCCAAGUGGAUGAAGAGCAGAUGAAUCGCGUGGAGGAGGAACAACAGUUACGACAACAAGAUGAAGGUGCAAGAAAUGGGGAAAUUGGUGGAGGCCAACCUGGACUGUGUCAUAGAAAUGAAUCUCAAUUGGAAGAAAACAACAACAGAUUUAUUGAAGUAGAUGAAGAUUAUUCUGGCAACCAAGAAGAGGAGGAAGAAGAUGAACAUACUGGCAUACCAGAGGAAGAGGAGGACAUGGAGGAAGAAGAAGAAAUGGACCAAGACAGUGAUGAUUUUGAUCAAUCUGAUGAAAGCAGCAGAGAUGAGCAAACUCAUUGUAACAGUAUCACAAAUUCAAACGGUAACCUGGACUUAGCAAUACAUCAGCAGUCAUCACCAUUCUAUAUUAAAUCUAAGAUGAAAAGAAAGUUAGACCAUGGUUCGGAGGUCCGUUCUUUUUCACUGGGAAAGAAACCCUGUAAAGUCUCAGAAUAUACAAGCACUACUGGGCUUGUGCCUUGUUCAGCAACACCAACUACAUUUGGAGAUCUGAGAGCAGCCAAUGGUCAAGGACAGCAACGUCGUCGCAUUACAUCUAUCCAACCGCCAACUGGACUUCAGGAAUGGCUGAAAAUGUUUCAGAGCUGGAGUGGACCGGAGAAGUUGCUUGCCUUAGAUGAAUUGAUUGAUAGUUGUGAACCUACCCAAGUGAAGCAUAUGAUGCAAGUGAUCGAACCCCAGUUUCAAAGAGAUUUCAUUUCCUUGCUCCCCAAAGAGCUGGCUCUAUAUGUGCUUUCUUUCCUGGAUCCCAAGGACUUGCUGCAGGCAGCACAAACAUGUCGAUACUGGAGAAUUCUGGCAGAAGACAAUCUUCUAUGGAGAGAAAAGUGCAGAGAAGAAGGAAUUGAUGAACCGUUACAUAUCAAGAGGAGAAAAGUAAUAAAGCCAGGAUUUAUUCAUAGCCCAUGGAAAAGUGCUUACAUCAGACAGCAUAGAAUUGAUACUAACUGGCGGCGAGGUGAACUUAAAUCUCCUAAGGUGCUCAAAGGUCAUGAUGAUCAUGUAAUUACAUGUCUACAGUUCUGUGGUAACCGAAUAGUCAGUGGUUCUGAUGAUAAUACAUUAAAGGUUUGGUCAGCAGUUACAGGAAAGUGUUUAAGAACACUUGUUGGACAUACAGGUGGGGUCUGGUCUUCACAGAUGAGGGACAAUAUAAUCAUCAGUGGAUCUACAGACCGGACCCUCAAAGUGUGGAAUGCAGAGACUGGAGAAUGUAUACAUACGUUAUAUGGGCAUACCUCAACGGUGCGUUGCAUGCAUCUCCAUGAAAAGAGAGUUGUCAGUGGGUCUCGAGAUGCCACCCUGAGAGUUUGGGACAUAGAAACAGGCCAGUGUUUACAUGUUCUGAUGGGUCAUGUAGCUGCAGUCCGAUGUGUACAAUAUGAUGGCAGGAGGGUUGUUAGUGGAGCUUAUGAUUUCAUGGUCAAAGUUUGGGAUCCAGAAACUGAAACCUGUCUACACACCUUGCAAGGGCAUACUAAUAGAGUCUAUUCAUUACAGUUUGAUGGUAUCCAUGUGGUGAGUGGAUCUCUUGACACUUCAAUCCGAGUUUGGGAUGUGGAAACAGGAAAUUGCAUUCACACAUUAACAGGUCACCAGUCAUUAACAAGUGGAAUGGAACUCAAAGACAACAUUCUUGUGUCUGGAAAUGCAGAUUCUACCGUCAAAAUCUGGGAUAUCAAAACAGGACAGUGUUUACAGACGUUACAAGGUCCCAACAAGCAUCAGAGUGCUGUGACCUGUUUACAGUUCAACAAGAACUUUGUAAUUACCAGCUCAGAUGAUGGGACUGUAAAAUUAUGGGACUUAAAAACGGGUGAAUUUAUCCGAAAUCUAGUUACAUUGGAAAGUGGAGGAAGUGGAGGUGUUGUAUGGCGGAUCAGAGCCUCCAACACAAAGCUAGUGUGUGCAGUUGGAAGUCGGAAUGGGACUGAGGAAACCAAGCUGCUGGUAUUGGACUUUGAUGUGGAUAUAAAGUGAAGCUUGAAAAGAUUAUUUUGUCCAGAAAUGCAAAUGAUGUUCUUGUCCUUUCUCCCUCCC